AUGGAAGCACCACAGCCACAAUCCGUCGAAGAAGCUGCACAAUCGACUUCCAACGCUUCUGCUGUCAGAGAGGAUGUCGCGACCUCGGCCCCGACCUCCUCCACAUCUCGAUUGAACCCGCGAAGCUGCGUCACGUGUCGCCGCAGGAAGGUCAGAUGUAAUAAAGAAAAUCCAUGCGCAAAUUGUAUAAGAGCGGGGAUUGAGUGUGUCUUUCCUGGUCCGGGCAGGGCACCCAGAAAAUCGAGAAAGCCCCCCGAUACAGAGCUGCUGGCACGGCUACAGCGAUUGGAGGGAGUGGUCCACAGCCUGGGAGCGCAGGUGGACGAGAAUGGGGUCUUGUCGUCCACUGUCACCGGCUCUACAGACAUACGAGUUCGGUUUGGCGACACUCAAUCCGGAGACUCACCUACAUCCGAUCGCUCUGACUCGAAAAGGCAGUCCAUUGAUAAGCACUCGGGUCGGCUGCUGAUAAACGAGGAUCGCAGUCGAUAUGUCAACAGUGCCUUCUGGACCAGCAUGAGCGACGAAAUCACGGAGAUACGUGAUAUGCUUGACCCUUCCAGCGCAGACGAAGAGGAUGAGGCCCCCUUCUCAGACCAGGAUCGCCAGGUGAACCAUCAAGCCUUCCUCUUCGGCUACUCUUCGACAAUGCUGGAUCUACGAGAGCUGCAUCCCACCCCGAGCCAGAUCUUCAUUUUGUGGGAAGUAUACAAGGAAAAUGUCGAUCCCGUGGUCCGAAUCACGCACCGACCGACUGCAAGGACAAUCGUGAUGACUGCGGCAACUAGCCUCGACCGUGUGUCAAAACCUGCGGAGGCCUUGCUGUUUUCCAUCUACUUUGGAGCGGUGGUCAGUUUAAGCCCAGAACAAUGCCGGCAACUACUCGACGAGGACAAGGAAACUCUUCUGAAGAAAUACCGUUUCGCGAUAGAGCAGGCAUUAGCACGUGCCGACUUCUUGAACAGUUCCAGUCUGAUGUGUCUACAGGCACUCGCCCUCUUCCUCGUCUUUGUGCGGCACUGUGACGAUUCCCGUAUAGUAUGGGCUCUGGGAGGUUUGGCAAUACAUCUCGCGCAGGGGCUAGGCAUUCACCGCGAUGGGUCGCACUUUGGCUUGAACCCCUUUGAUACGGAAAUGAGACGACGACUGUGGUGGCAUCUGACUGUUGUGGACAGCCGCUCGGCGGAGGAUCACGGGGCCGACCCCGUUUUCACCGAGCCCUUCUACGAUACGAAACUUCCACUGAACUAUAAUGACGACGACAUCUAUCCGGGAAUGAAGGAAUACCCUCCGGAGAGACAGGGCGCCACCGAGAUGACGUUCUGCCUGAUCCGUUUCGAACUGAGCAUCUUCUCCCAACGUCUGAACUUGACCUCGCCAGAAGUGGAAGAGGGUCACGCAUCGCCGGAUUGGAAGCUUAAGGAGCAAAUGAUCGACGAGUGCCACCGCAGGCUGGAAGAGAAGUACCUGCGACACUGCGACAUGAGUCAGCCCAUCUAUUGGGUAGCUACUACCGUUGCCCGCUUGAUUUUGGCAAGGAUGUGGCUGAAGGUGCACCAUCCCCGUUCAUUCAGCCCCACAAACGAUGCCUCGCCCAUUCCACCAGAAUGCCGAGACCGGGUAUUCCUCACCUCUGUGGAAGUGAUCGAAUUCUCUCACCUGCUAGAAAAUAACGAGAGUACUGCAAAGUGGGGGUGGCUCUUCCGGACUUAUGUACAAUGGCAAUCUGUGGCUUUUGCGCUGUCAGAAAUUUGCGUGAGGCCGCCAGGACCCGACGUCGAUCGGGCGUGGCGAGCGAUUGAAUCAGUAUAUGACGAGCAGCUGGUAAAGAAUACCAAGUCGCACAAGGGCUUGGUAUGGAAACCGCUGCGGCUCUUGAUGGCGAAGGCCCGGGCUCGAAGAGCAGCACAGCAGGCGCACGACGCGGGUCAGGGAGGCGAGGGCCCCAACGUCGCCCCAUCUACAGAUCUGCCGGCAUCCACCUCGAUGGAGCGUUUCAUGCAUGACUAUCCCAAUAAUGUGGUUUCCAGUACCCUGGAAGCAUUCGACCUUGGGAGUCAAUCACCUUACUCGCCUGUGGCACCUAAAUCGGUGCACGUCGGGAGUGGGAGUGGGAUGGCCAGCCAAAGCAGCAGGGCGACUCAUUCAGCGGAUCCAUCGGCGCUACAGCACGGUGAUUUCUUGAAUUAUGAAUGGUCGCCGUCUGUGGGAGAUUUCAACAUCCAACCAGAGCCCUUUUCCCGAUUCAUUAUGAAUACGCAGGAAGAAUGGUUCUGA